CACGUGUCUGCCAGGCAGCUCGGGCUUUCCCCGUCCCCCGCCGGAGGGCUGGCCGGGCAGGGACGAUCCGAGGCGGCUGGAAGGAGAGAAAGAAAGAAGGAAGGAAGGAAGGGCUGGCGGAGCUCCAUGGCUGCGCUCUACGGCGGUGUGGAAGGGGGGGGGACCCACUCCACGGCGGUGCUGCUCUCUGAAGAUGGCAAGAUCCUGGCCGAGACUGAGGGGCCCUGCACCAACCACUGGCUGGUUGGAUCGGAGACCUGCCUGGAGCGGAUUGAUGCCAUGGUCCAAGAUGCCAAAAGGAAGGCCGGGGGCGACCUACACGUUCCCCUUCGAUCGCUGGGUCUCUCCCUGAGUGGAGGGGAGCAGAAGGAAGCCAUCCAGAAGCUCAUGGAGGACAUGAAGAGCCGCUUCCCACAUCUGAGCGAGAAUUACUUUAUCACGACCGAUGCCAUUGGAGCCAUAGCCACUGCUACCAACACCGGAGGCGUGGUGCUCAUCUCAGGAACUGGCUCCAACUGCAAGCUCAUCAAUCCUGAUGGCUCCCAGACCAGCUGUGGAGGAUGGGGCCACAUGAUGGGGGAUGAAGGAUCAGCUUAUUGGAUUGCCCACCUGGCUGUGAAGAUUGUGUUUGAUGGCUUGGACAACCUGGAGGUCCCACCACAUGAGAUCGACUACGUCAAGCAGGCCAUGUAUGACUACUUCCAGGUUUCCAACCGAAUGGGGCUCCUAACUCACCUCUACAGGACCUUUGAGAAGUCCAAGUUUGCGGGGUUCUGCCAGAAAGUGGCUGAAGGUGCCGAGGCUGGGGACCCCCUGUGCCGCUACGUUUUCCACAGGGCCGGAGAAGUCCUGGCACGGCAUAUCGUGGCCGUCCUGCCCAAAAUUGACCAGAUCUUGCUCCAGGGGGAUUCAGGAUUGCCAGUCGUCUGCGUGGGAUCCGUCUGGAAGAGCUGGGAGAUGAUGAGAGAAGGAUUUGUCCAGGUCCUCAGCCAGGCGCACAGCCAGCAGCUCAACGGGGCCUUCUCCAAGUUCAGUCUGCUGAAGCUGAAGCAGUCCUCGGCCCUGGGGGGGGCCAGCCUGGGGGCCAAACACAUUGGCCAGGCCCUCCCUCUGGACUACAAAGCCAACGUGGACGUCUUCUACACUCACUCCUUCGCCUAGAGACGGGCGCUGGAGGGGGGGGGAAGGAAGGGGGUUCAAAACAUGGAGAGACUCUGCUGCUUUGGGAGGGCCCCCAUUUGAAUGGGCAGGUCUUUCUCUCUCACACACAAAGUUGUUUAAUAAAAAAGUAGUGUGGUCUCCGUGGCAAUACCACACACACAGCAGAGUGCCUGGAUACGGGUAGCCCUUGACUUAACAGCCAUCCGUGGAGCAGGGGGUUGGACUAGAAGACCUCCAGGGUCCCUUCGAAUUCUGUUACAACCAUACAUUAAAUGACUGGUCAAAUUUACAAUGGCAUUGAAAAAAGGAACCUAUGACCGUUUCCCACACUUAUGACCACUGCAGCAUCCCCAUGGCCACAUGAUCAAACUUUGGACGCUCGACAACCGACUCAUAUUUAUGACGGUCGCAGUAUCCCUGGGGGGUCACGCGAUCCCCUUUUGCGACCUUCUGACAAAGUCAAUGGGGAAGCUGGAUUCGCUUAGCAACUGGGUUAUUCACUCAACAACCAAAGCGAUUCAUUUAAUAACUGGCAGGGGAGGUUGUAAAAUGGGGGCAAAGCUCACUUAACAGCCGUCUGGCUUAGCAACGGACAUUUGGGGCUCCGUUAUGGUCUACCUGAUUCCUGCUUGCAAGGGGGAUGGAGUCCGACCAGCUCUUGCUAAUCCCAGACCGGCUGUUCCUACCGGUCCCCAUGGCUUGAGUCAGCCCAGGCAGGCUCUGCUUGUCCUGGACAAAGACGACCCAUGGAGGGGCUUGGUAGCCCUACAACUGUGGGGCUGUCACAGCUAGAGAGUCAAGAAGUUAGGGCCUAACCUAAAGCAAAGCGAAGGCAUUUAAGCCCCCCCACCCAAAGCUUGAUUGGUGUUUAGAUAAAAGGUUUUGCAGCAGUCUCUUGCCUCUUCGGUUUGCCCGUUUCCCAGGCUCUCUU